AGAUAUCCAAUGGCUUCACAAAGAAAAGUAAGUGAUGUUAUCCUCCUUUUACAGACAGGGUCACAGAUACAGAGAAAUGAAGAGACUUGCCCAAGGUCACACAGCAGAAUUGAGCACCCAGCUGGUGGAUACAAGAAGCUUUUUGAGACCGUGGAGGAAUUGGCUGCACCAGUAACUGCUCAUGUCACAGGCAGGAUUCCCAUAUGGCUUACAGGCAGUCUGCUUAGAUGUGGGCCUGGCUUAUUUGAAGUUGGUUCGGAACCAUUUUAUCAUUUGUUUGAUGGCCAAGCGCUUCUUCAUAAAUUUGACUUUAAGGAGGGACAUGUCACAUACCAUCGCAGAUUCAUUCGGACUGAUGCUUAUGUAAGAGCAAUGACUGAGAAAAGAAUCGUGAUAACUGAAUUUGGCACCUGUGCUUACCCUGAUCCAUGCAAGAACAUAUUUUCCAGGUUUUUUUCAUACUUCAAAGGUGUGGAGGUCACUGAUAAUGCCCUGGUUAAUGUGUACCCAGUGGGUGAAGAUUACUAUGCCUGCACAGAGACCAACUUUAUCACCAAGAUUAACCCAGAGACUUUGGAGACAAUCAAGCAGGUGGACCUUUGUAAAUAUGUUUCAAUCAAUGGCGUAACUGCUCACCCCCAUAUUGAAAACGAUGGGACGGUUUAUAACAUCGGCAACUGCUUUGGAAAAAAUUUUGCAAUUGCCUACAAUAUUGUACGGAUCCCUCCACUGCAAGCAGACAAGAAAGAUCCAAUGAACAAGUCCGAUGUGGUUGUGCAGUUUCCUUGCAGCGAUAGAUUUAAACCUUCCUAUGUGCACAGCUUUGGGCUGACUCCAAACUAUAUAGUGUUUGUGGAAACACCAGUGAAAAUUAACCUGCUCAAAUUCCUUUCUUCUUGGAGUCUGUGGGGAGCCAACUACAUGGAUUGCUUUGAGUCUAAUGAAACCAUGGGGGUCUGGCUUCAUGUAGCAGAUAAAAAAAAAGGAAAAUACCUCAAUAUCAAAUACAGGACCUCGGCCUUUAACCUCUUCCAUCACAUUAAUACCUAUGAAGACAAUGGAUUUCUUAUUGUGGAUCUCUGCACCUGGAAGGGGUUUGAGUUUGUUUACAAUUAUCUGUACUUAGCCAAUUUGCGGUCCAAUUGGGAAGAAGUGAAGAAACAUGCAGAAAAAGCUCCUCAGCCCGAAGCUCGCAGAUAUGUCCUUCCCUUAAACAUUGACAAGGCCGACACGGGUAAGAAUUUAGUCACCUUGCCCUACACAACAGCAACUGCAACUCUGCACAGUGAUGAAACCAUCUGGCUGGAACCAGAGAUUCUUUUCUCUGGGGCUCGCCAAGCCUUUGAGUUUCCACAAAUCAAUUAUAAGAAAUAUGCUGGAAAACCCUAUACGUAUGCAUAUGGCCUUGGAUUGAAUCACUUUGUUCCAGACAGGCUUUGUAAGCUGAAUGUUAAAACGAAAGAGACUUGGGUGUGGCAGGAACCAGACUCAUAUCCAUCAGAGCCUAUCUUUGUUUCACAUCCAGACGCCUUGGAAGAGGAUGACGGUGUCGUUCUGAGUGUAAUUGUUAACCCUGGCGCAGGACAGAAGCCUGCCUAUCUACUGAUCCUGAAUGCAAAGGAUAUGAGUGAAGUUGCCAGGGCUGAAGUGGAGAUGAAUAUUCCUGUUACCUUCCAUGGAAUGUUCAAAAGAUCGUGACGAUUCUCUUCAGUGCACUUAUCGUAAUUUGCUUUUUUGACUUUGAAAAGGUACAUUUCUAGUUACCAAACUCCAAUAUUCUAUGUUCCUUCAAUGUCUGAUUUGUAAAACUCAUUAAGCCUGAAAAUUUCAUUUUUCUUGAUGUUUGCGGUAUUUUUGUUUUGUAGCUGUGUUGGUCCCAGAAUUUAGAAAGACAAGGUGGACUAGGUAAUAUCUUUUAUUGGACCAUCUUCUGUUGGUGAA